AUGGGUUUUUCAGUACUGCUACUCUUUUCUCUGUUGUUUUUCCUCUUAAACCCAACAUGGGUCUGUGGGAAUGCUGAGCUAAGAGCACUCAUGGACAUGAAAUCAAGUUUGGAUCCUGAGAGCAUUUAUCUAUCCUCUUGGACUAUCAAUGGUAACCCAUGUGAUGGAUCUUUUGAAGGGGUGGCAUGCAAUGAGAAGGGUGAAGUGACAAACGUUUCAUUGCAGGGAAAGGGUCUCUCAGGGAAGCUUUCACCAGCCAUUGGUGGGCUUAAGCACUUGACAGGACUUUAUUUGCAUUAUAACUCUUUGUAUGGAGAGAUACCAAAAGAAAUUGCAAACUUGACUGAGCUUGUUGAUUUGUACUUGAAUGUGAAUAAUCUUUCCGGGGAAAUCCCUCGUGAGAUCGGCAGCAUGGAGAACUUGCGAGUUUUGCAGCUUUGUUAUAAUCAGUUGACAGGAAGCAUACCUACACAGCUUGGUGCUUUGAAAAAUCUGAGUGUUGUUGCUCUGCAAUCAAACCAGUUAACUGGUGCUAUCCCUGCUAGUCUAGGUGAUUUGGCUAUGCUGGUGAGGCUAGAUUUGAGCUCUAAUUAUCUCUUUGGUUCCAUACCCACUAGCCUAGCUGAUGCUCCUUUAUUGAAAGUUUUGGAUGUUCACAACAAUACCCUUUCAGGGAAUGUACCUCCCGCUCUUAAGAGGUUAGAUGGUGGAUUUUUGUAUGAAUACAACUUGGGGUUAUGUGGACUUGGGUUUUCAUCCCUGAAAGCUUGCAAUGCUUCAGAUUAUGUCAAUGCUAGCAGACCUGAACCUUAUGGAGCAUCAACAAGAGAUAUCCCAGAAACUGCGAAUGUGAAGUUACCUUGCAGUGGAACUCGGUGCUUUAAUUCGUCAAAAUCGGAUCAGGCCACAGCAGUUACAGUUGGCAUAUUUGUGGUUAUAAUUGCAAUGUUAGCAAUUGGUGUUUUGACAUUCACACUCUAUCGUCGGCGAAAACAAAAACUUGGAGAUUCUUUUCAUAUCUCUAAUAGCCAUCUAAGUUCUGAUGAAGCCAAGGGUGGAUAUAGGAAAAAUGGAUCUCCUUUAGUCAGCCUUGAGUACUCUACUGGAUGGGACCCUUUGGCUGAUAGUAGGAAUUUCACUAGUUAUAGCCAAGACGUGUUCCAGAGUUUCAGGUUUAACUUGGAUGAAGUGGAGUCAGCUACUCAAUAUUUCUCGGAGUUGAAUUUGUUGGGUAAGAACAACUUCAGUGCAACAUAUAAAGGAGUUUUAAGAGAUGGAUCCGUUGUUGCUGUGAAGAGCAUCAGUAAAACUAGUUGCAAGUCAGAUGAAGCUGAAUUUUUGAAAGGAUUGAACAUUUUGACCUCAUUGAGGAAUGAUAAUGUAGUGAAGUUGAGAGGGUUUUGUUGUUCAAAGGGGAGAGGUGAAUGCUUUCUGAUAUAUGAUUUUGUUUCGAAUGGAAACUUGUCGCACUUCCUUGAUGUUAAGGAAGGAAAUGGAGAAAUCCUUGAAUGGUCAACUAGAGUUUCUAUUGUGAAAGGGAUUGCUAAAGGUAUGGCAUAUUUACAUGCAUACAAAGCAAACAAACCGGUUCUGGUUCACCAAAAUAUCUCAGCUAACAAAGUUCUCAUUGAUCAGCGGUAUAAUCCAUUGCUGGCAGAUUCUGGCCUGUUCAAGCUUCUUACUAAUGAUAUUGUCUUCUCAGCACUCAAGGGUAGUGCAGCAAAGGGUUACUUAGCUCCUGAAUACACCACCACUGGCCGGUUUGCCGAUACAAGUGAUGUUUAUGCUUUUGGGGUGCUGCUUUUCCAAAUCCUUUCAGGAAAGUUCAAGAUCACUAGCUCAAUAAGGCUUGCUGCAGAAUCCUUCAAAUUCCAAGAAUUUAUCGACCCGAAUCUCCAAGGCAGAUUCUUUGAAUAUGAGGCAGCGAAACUAGCAAAAAUAGCUUUGCUUUGCACCCACGAGACUCCUUUUGAGAGACCAUCCAUGGCAGCCAUUGUUCAAGAACUGGGCAACUGUAGUAGCUGUCUCUGAUUUCAAUGACUUCUUUGUUGCUUCAUCCAUCAUCCUCCACAGCAUGUGCUGAGUGGCUGAUGAGACAAGUUAGUGCUAACUGCUCAUGCUGAUGACCUUGGGAUAUGAUAUUGUUAAGUGUCCUUAUCUAAGGACCUUUUGUGUGAAUGUGCCUUGUACACAGUAGGUUGUAGCUUAGAGAAAGGACAUUUCUUUGCUCACAUUACAUGUAAUUUUGUUGAAUGUAUUUUUAUGUACAAGGUUAAUGCCUCUUCAAUUUUCAGUCAGGAAUACAAUCCUUCCCUCUAUCCUUAUUGUUAGUUCCCAAAAUAUAUAAAAUAAAUAUUUUACAACUAAAAUAGACUUAGAAUCGAAAAAUAUUAAAACUGAAACUUUUGUCGUAGAAGAAUAAUAUAUCUUCUCUCUAAUUAUAAGAGAGAAUAAUAACAUUUUUUCUUGACAAUAAGAGAGAACCUGGAGAAAUUUUAUUUUUUUCUUCUCUAACUUUUUCCUCUCCACAUGUAACACUCAGAUGAAACAUGAUGGCAUGUAUACUAUGACUUGCUCAAAUGCUAUAAAAAAGUGACUUUACUGGUUCUCACACUUAUUUACCGUACAACAAUCUAAAGUACCAAGAUUCUUUUUCUUGGAUAUAAGGUACCAAGAAUCUGUCCAUACUCUGAAUUUAAAUUAUGAACUUUUUUUCAUUUCUUUUUUCACCACAUUCCGUUAAAAAUCUUUUGCACUAAAACGUUAUUUUUACUGACAAAAAUUGGAUGUAUCUUUUGUCACGAUCAUUGCCGUAGUUAUCAGCUUAUACACGAACAUGAAGGACCAUUCAUAGGCAUUUACACUCACAUGCCCGUGAAGAUUUUAACUUCAAAGUUCCUUUUUGGUACAACUGCUAUCUUUAUAUCCAUGGGACCCGUGAUUCACAUCAGGUUAAAUACGACUCCAUUUUAACUUGCCUUAAAAUCCCUUUUAUCAAAUAAAAUAUUCUACAUGCGUUUUGGAAUAUAUCAACAAUUUUUUGUACAAGGAACGCAUUAACAUUUUAAAAUUAAUAUCUAUUUGGACGAAAAUGGAUUCUUUGCAGUGUUGACAUGAACUAAAUUAUUUAUCACUUGUUAAGGUUAUUAAUUUUUUUGAAGUUUUUUUUUUUGGGAGAUAUUUUAAAUUUGUAUACCAUCUGAUUUUAUGUUGUUUGUUAUUACAGUAAGUUGAAAAGGUUGAAAAGAUUUUUUGUUUCUAUUGUAACAUUUUUUUUAUCACCGUAUUAUUGGUACCUCGUUCAUUGUAGGGAUACAGCUAUUUAGAUUUGUUAUGGUGUUUUGAUUGAUAAAUCAGAUGAGCUAAAUAGCAACAAUGGAUCGGGCUGUAAGCUCCAUCAUCUCAAUAAAGUGCUAAUGGAUUAGAAGUUUGAACUACAGUAUAAUUGAAAUUUAUCUUUUAUAAAAUACUGCUAAAAUUAUAAAUAAAAGUUAUUGAUAUAUACGUUAACAAUUAAUAUUAUAAAUUGAAGAUACUACCAACAAACUGUUUUUAACAUACUCCUAAUUAUUAGUUAAAAUAUUAAAAAUUACAAAAAUAAUGUAAGUCUCACUUUUUCUUACUCAAAUUAAUAUUUUCUUUCAUAUUUAUGUAGUUUUCAACAAAUGCUAGUGUGUUUAAAAGAGUUUGCUAAAGAGUAUGAUACUAACAUUUCUCCUGUCAAAGUUGCAAUGUGACCUAAUAUGCUCAAUUGUAAUCAGGCCUCUCACCAAAGAAUUUUAUUAGGCUUUAUUUUUAUCAACAAUUUAAAAAUAUUACAACUGAUAUAUGUUAUUGUUAACCUUAUUUGAACAUUACAAAAAAGUUGACCGUAUAUAUUGUAUAGAAUUUUUUUUAUUUUAUUCAUAUAUAGAAUUAUUAUUAUUUUUUUAUCUUAUCCAUGUACAUGCAUCUUAAAAAAAUUAAAGAAAACAAUUUUUGGUUAUCACAUUAUGAUGCUCACUAAACAUUUUCCUAUAGGAAGUGGAUAUUUGUCACAGAAGAAUAGGAUGUGAUAGGAGAGAUAUGCAAUCCCACACAUAGGAGUAGGCUGUUUUAAUAAAUACUACUAUGGAGUUAGGAGACCUUUGUUUGUGUGGGACUCAAAAAGAGGAUGGAUGUUCCCACAUGCUUUGAGUUAUUUGGGCUCGGUUGUCUAGUGGUUGAAGGAUGUUCCUCUGCCUUAGCCACUCCCCAUUGGGUCCAAUAUUUAGUACACCAGACCCCACCCCAGCCCAAUGCAUGGUUGCUCACUCAUCAGUCAACACUCUGUGCCCAAUUUCUCUGAAAACAAAAGGCCAUCCAAAACAAAUUUUCCCUGAAAAAGAAAAGAAAAAAAAAUGGAGUAAGAUGUAAAUGAAAUUUUGGGUUACAGACAAACAAGAUAUUUUA